AACCUUCCUCCUCCCCUUUGGAAGGGUGGGGAAAAGAAAAAGGGCGAGGGGCGCAGGAAACCGCCGCGGGAGGCCCGGGGAAGGAAGGAAACGGAAGCGGCGAGCGCGGCGAUCCAUCGGGCUCCGGCGGCGAUGGAGCGGUGCCAUCCGUCCGAGGUGUACGAGCUCUUCGUCCGGCACAUGAACACCCCGAGGGUCGUGGUGGACAACGGGGUGUGCGAGACGGCGACGCUGGUGCAGGUGCACAGCGCGCGGAAGCACGGCGUGCUGCUGGAGGCGGUGGCCGCGCUGUCGGAGCACGGCGUCUGCGUCCGGAAGGGGUACAUCUCCUCCGACGACGGCCGGUGGUUCAUGGACGUCUUCCACGUCACGGACGCAGCGGGCUGCAAGGUCGCCGACGCCGACAAGCUGCUCGUCCGGCUCGAGUCCUCGCUCGCCGCCGCGGCGGCCGCGGCCGACGCAUUGCCGCGCCCGGUGGGGUGCGACCCGCCCGCCAAGGAGGCGCUCUGCCUGCUCGAGCUCAUCGGCGUCGACCGCCCGGGGCUCCUCUCGGAGGUGUUCGCCGUGCUGCACGACCUGCGCUGCAGCACCGUGGACGCCAAGGCGUGGACGCACGGCGGCCGCGUCGCCGCCCUGGUGUUCGUCCGCGACGAGGACACCGGCGCGCCCAUCCACGACGCGGCCCGGAUCAGGCGCAUCGAGUCCCGGCUCAGGCACGUCCUCCGGGGCGGCGCGCGCGGCGCGAGGACGGUCCUGCUCGACGCGGCGGCGGUCGGCAACCUGGACCGGAGGCUCCACCAGCUGCUGAGCGAGGACAGGGAUGCCGACCGCCGGGCCCCCGCGGAGGGGCCGGCGACGACGGCGACGGCGGUGGCGGUGCAGGAGUGGGGGGAACGGGGGUACUCGGUGGUGACCGUGAGCUGCCGCGACCGGCCGAAGCUGCUGUUCGACGUCGUCUGCACCUUGACAGACCUGGACUACGUGGUGUACCACGGCACCUUCGACACCGACGGCGAUCACGCGCAGCAGGAAUUCUACAUCAGGCGGCUGGACGGGCGGGCGAUCAGCUCGGAGGGCGAGAGGCAGCGGGUGAUCCAAUGCCUGGAAGCGGCGAUCGAGAGGCGCGCGUCCGAGGGCGUGAGGCUGGAGCUGCGCAUCUCCGACCGCCGCGGGCUGCUGGCCUACGUGACGCGCGUGUUCCGGGAGAACAGCCUCUCGGUCACGCACGCCGAGAUCACCACCAGGGGCGACAUGGCCGUGAACGUCUUCCACGUCACCGACGUGGCCGGCCGCCCCGCCGACCCCAAGACCAUCGACGAGGUCAUCCACGGGGUCGGCACCGAGAGCCUCCGCGUGGACGAGGAGCGGUGGCCCCGCCUCUGCUCGACGGAGGGGGACGCCGGCGGCGGCGGCGCAGGCGCUGGCUUGUUCUCGCUCGGCAGCCUGGUGAAGAAGAAUCUCUACAACCUUGGCCUCAUCAGAUCCUGCUCCUGAAGGACCGGAGGAGGAGGACGCGUGUCGGACGGGAUGCUUUGUGUGAAUACGGGACGGUACAGGGGCUAGUUUGUAAAUUAAGUAGGUCCUCUUUUUCUAAGUCUAGCGGUUACGUGUACAUAGCAGACA